GUUAUUAUUUAAAGCACGCUCAAGCUUCUAAUUCAACUUACUUUUUCACACCUUUUUUUAAUGUCAAACCAAGUAGAUGACUUGGAGCAGUUCCUUGCUUCCAAUAUCAAGCAUGAACGCGACUUAAACUUGGAUCAUAUUAAAACAUUAUUGAGUGCUCGAAAAGAAGAACAAAAGACACUUGACGCACAACUCGAUAGUUUAAAGAAAGAGACAAAAAAUGUCUUGAAAAGAACACUUGAGAAUGCAACACAACAACACGCUUUUCUCGAAGAAUUGUCCGUUUCUUUAGCAACGACAGAACAAAGCAUGGAUCAGUCCAUAACAACCAAUCAAAAAGAAGCAAAUCCGUUUGAUCAAUUAGCUGUGCUUGAAGAUAAAUUAAGAACGAUGGAUCAUGCAAAGAGCUAUAUCAAAGCUCUUUUAGUAGCGUCAGAAUUAAGCUCGAAAGCAUUACAGCUUGUUCAAACUUCACCAGAACAAGCCAUGACACCCUAUGUUCAAUUGGUUCAGUUUGAGCAAUACAUUGAUCAACAGGCAACCCAACAACCACAGUAUGUACCUUUGCACACGCACUUGAAAAAGAGUCAAAUGCGUCUUCGAGAAGAGCUAGAAGCUGUUCUUGUCAAGAAUUUUAAGCAGACACUAGAUACAUUAUCAUGGCCUACACAAAUCAAACCUCCCUACGGACCUCAACUCAGAUCCAAGUUGGAAUUGUUUGAACAAGCAUUUCGCCAUCUGUUGAUGCUUCAGACAUCAUCUAGCACAAUACAGCAAGACGAAAUCUUGAUUCCUAUUUCCAUCAUGUUGGAAGGAUUAUCCUUGCGAUUCCGAUACCAUUUUGAGACGUCUAAACCAACCAACCGUAUUGACAAACCAGAGUGGUAUCUAACGCAUGUCAAAAACGCGAUUUCCACGCAUAUACCAUUUAUGAUGACAACCAUCCAGCCUGUUGUUGCUAAACAUAUUUCUGCCAAAGACCAGUUUAUUCAGGGCUUAUUACAAGAUGUGAAUCGCAAAUUACAAAAAACAAUGCCACAGCUAUUAACUCAUCCCAAUUGGCUUAGUCAUACUGUUCAUCAAGUAUUAGAAUUUGACAAAUUAUUAGUAGAAGAAUUUGCCUACAACGAUCCCUUUUCUGUCUCUCGUAUACUGACAAACAAUCCUGUCUGGUUUAAUACAUGGUUUCAAGCUGAGAAAUCAUUUGCUCAAUCAAGAUAUGAUGAAAUCAUGUUGGACAGGCAAGCAUUUGAUAUCUAUGCAGAAGACGAUUUUGACCAGAAAGACACCAUCAAACGAACAAAAUCAGCUGUUCGUCUGGUCAAUCUACUAGACAAUAUCACGACUGCAUAUCAACUAGUGCCUCAAUUAAGCCAUAAACUCACUUUCUUUAUUCAUGUUCAACUCAACUUAUUGGGGCAAUAUCAAAAACGACUAUCGACUGCCAUUGAUUCAUUUGAAGCACUCAGUCUGAUUCGAUCUGUACCUGUACCUGGUUCAUUGCCUGAGGCAGUAACAGGCGUCAUGACAGCAACAGAAACAGGAGGCACUGUAUCUGCCUUGCACCGAUUACAUCGUUGGUGGACAAGUGCAAGAUCAAUGCGGGAUGCGUUAAAAGAUUGGAAUGAAGACGAAUUCUUUUUAGAACUUCAGUUACAGUCAAAUGAAGAUACAUCAUGUAUUCAGCAAGUUGUAGACAACGUACCUGUACAAGAAAGAAACAACUGCAUGUUAAACAUUGCUCAUCACCAAACAGAAAGCUUGUUCUCAGAUGCAACCAUUGCUUUUGAGCAAUUAAUCAAGAGAGUAGAGAAGAUCAUCGUCAAGAUUACCAUUAAAGACUGGUCUACAGAAUCAAGAAAAUACGCUAGAAAGAAUGCAUGGUGGCAAAACAGUGAUUUCAGUGAAAUUUCAGAUGAAUUGUAUAAACCUUUGCAAGAUCUACGUAUGACUUGGAACUACCUGUAUCGCAUUCUACCUCAAGCUGAAUUUUUGAUAAUUUUUAAGCAAAUUCUAAAAGAGAUUGAAGAUUGGUACUGGAAGCAUAUUAUAGCCUCAAGUCAGUUUUCACCUCAAGGCGCAUUGCAACUUGAAACAGACAUCAAGUCUGGCUUAUGGAAAAUAGCACAAAGAUGGUCAAAGAAGCCUGAGAAUUACACUAAAAAGUUAAAAGAGGCCAUUCAAUUGCUUACAUUACCAUUUGAACAAGCAGACAACGAUUUGCCUUCUUGUGGUGUACUUAUGAAGGCCCUGUCAGACACAAAUCAAUUAGAGCUUGUACAAACCAUACUAGAUAAACUAGGCAUUGAAGUAUUGAGCAACAGUCAAAUCCGCGAUGUAUUAAGAAGAAGAAAUGAUAUGCUUUAUAGUUGGUCUUAGUUUUAUAAAAAAAAACGUCACUUAUAAAAUAAAUGCAUCU